AUGUGGAACGAUAAUAACAAUCAGCAGUCGGGUGGAGGGGCUCCUCCAUUCCCAAGUUUCCCCAGCGCCGGUGGACAUAACAGCUUCCCGACACCUCAAGGAGGCUAUCGUCCCAGUUACGCUCCUUCCUAUGCACCUCCUCCCGGCGCUCCCUAUGGCGCCCCCCCUUCUGGAUACGGUCCCCCGCCAGGCCCUCCUCCUUCUGGUUACGGACCACCUCCUGGCCCGCCUCCUUCUGGCUACCGCCCUCCCCCCGGCCCUCCUCCCCAGAGCCGAGGAUAUCCUGGUCAGCAAUACCGCCAACAGCAACCACAGGGUGGUUAUCCAGGACAGCAGGUCCACAAUGCCUACGGCGGGCCUCCGGGAGGAAAUGCCUACCAUCCGCAUGGGCCUCCCCCUCGCCCUCCCACGCAGGUCCAGAACUAUGGUCCUCACUUUGAAGGUCCUAAUCAUCAAGACGCACAGCCAUACUUCCAAUAUUCUCAGUGUAAUGGGAAAAAGAAGGCGCUUUGUAUUGGCAUAAAUUAUUUCGGACAAAAUGGGGAACUCAGAGGGUGUAUCAACGACGUGAAGAAUAUUCAAAACUUCCUUUGCAGCAACUGUGGUUACAAGCGGGAAGAUAUGGUCACUCUUACGGACGACGCCACAAAUCCUCGUAUGAUGCCCACCCGUGAAAACAUCAUCCAAGCGAUGCAGUGGCUUGUGCGGGGAGCUCAGCCCAACGAUUCCCUGUUCUUCCAUUAUUCCGGCCACGGCGGUCAAACGAAAGACCUAGACGGAGAUGAAGCGGAUGGUUAUGAUGAAGUCAUUUAUCCUAUGGACUUCGAGGCAAAUGGACACAUCGUCGAUGACUUAAUGCACGAGAUCAUGGUGAAGCCUUUGCCAGCAGGCUGUCGUCUGACUGCUAUUUUCGACUCCUGCCAUUCUGGUUCCGCCUUGGAUCUCCCGUAUAUUUAUUCCACUGAGGGGAAAAUCAAGGAACCUAACCUUGCAGCUGAAGCCGGACAAGGUCUCUUAACGGCUGUGACCUCCUACGCCCGUGGUGAUCUUGGAGGUGUCUUCAAAUCGGCUAUGGGCUUGGUCAAGACUGCCACCGGAAGCUCCCAAAAGGCGGAUAAAAUCUCGAAAGCCACAAGGACAAGUCCUGCUGAUGUUAUCUCCUUCAGUGGUUGCAAGGAUUCGCAAACUAGCGCCGAUACCGAAGAGGCCGGGAGUGCUACUGGAGCUAUGAGCUAUGCUUUCAUUAGUGCUCUCAGCGCUAACCAACAGCAGAGCUACCAAGAACUCCUUAUCGAAAUCCGCGAAAUUUUGAGAUCGAAGUACAGUCAGAAACCUCAGCUUUCGAGCUCUCACCCGAUGGACACCAACAUCAUGUUCAUUGUCUAA